GUAUUUAAGCCCCUGGCGCGAGAUCCGCACGGAAGAGAAUAGGCAUCCACAGUAAGGAACAGCCCUUCGGCCACGGUAUCUUGAAAGAAAAUGAGUGUCGGUGGAAAGCUAAAACACAGCCAGCAGAGGUCUAAUGAGAAUAUAAAGACCUUUUUCACACCAUCUCAAAAGGUAAUGGGACCCCCCAGGCAAACCCUGCAGGUUCUCCAACUCUCAGCUACCAACAAAGAUAUGGGGAGGUCAGCUCAGGCAGGGAAGGUCAUUCCCAAACGUAAACAGUGGAGCGCAGAACAAACUAGAGGCCCAAAGAGGGUGAAGGUUGAAGUCAAAUCCACUCAAACAGAAGAAACUCAGUGUUUGACGGAUGGCAUUUCAACUGACGCAUAUGAACUUAUGGUCAAAGAAACACCUCCUUCCACCUACUGGAAAGAGGUAGCCGAGGAGCGACGGAAGGCCUUGUACAAUGUUCUACAGGAGAACGAGAAGUUGCACAAAGACAUCGAGGCCAAAGAUGAACAGAUAACAAAACUUAAGAGUGAAAAUGAAGAGUUGCAAGAGCUGGCUCAGCAUGUACAAUAUAUGGCUGAUAUGAUUGAGAGGCUGACUGGGAAGUGCCCAGACAAUCUGGAGGAACUCAAAGACAUUGCCCUUGAUGUGGAUGAGCAUGAUGGUGAGGUGGCAGGUCAGAGUCAGGAAGAAGACUGAUUACAGUCAGAGUGAUGCAGAGGAAGAUGAGAUCUCAGACCAUGAACAAGCAGGCGCCUCUGGAGACCAGGAUUAACUGACAACUCUUGCAUGUCAUGGGACUUUGGUUGUAUUAUACAGGUCAGUAGAUUUUAGCGAGUGUACUUUGGCAGCAAAAAGUGAUCAUCUCUUUGAAGAGAUGAUCAAAGUAAUAUGUUCAGACUGCAUCCUUCUUGAAAGGUGAUAGAUUUUAAAACUUGAACAGACAGAAACUGAUUUUUAUUUUAUUUUAUUUUUUUAUAAUGCAAUGUUUCAGUUUUUGCUAAACUUAUCAAUUCUUGGUCAAGAGAAAUGUGCAAAACUAAACCUGUAUAGACCAUUUUCAUGGAAGACAUUUUGACAAGACUAGGGGAAAGCAGAGGUGAAAUGUCGUGACCUCAGUUGACAACAUUGAAGACAGGAUGCAGGUUCCACCUGAACCACUGUGAUUUUGACUUUCACUCCCGCUAGAUGGUGGUUGCAGGGCUCGGUGUCCUCUGUACAUACCCAACCAUUCCCUGACUGCGCAGAGGUUAGUGUUUCAGUUGAUUUGGGUUAAGGAAAAACUGAAUACAUCAGGAUGAUGGUUACUAUUCACUGUCACCAAGAAGGUGGUUGCUAUUCUGCAGCAUGCCAACUUUUCUUACAUCAGUCUCGUUAGCCCUCUUGAAAGUCAGGAACCAAUCAAUGACAACCAUGUGACAGUUUCCUUUUGCUUUUCCUACUCUAAAAGUCAAAAUGUCUUCUGUGAAAAGGCCUAUUGAGGCAAUUGUGCUCCAUUCACUUAGGUGUAGCCUACUUAAAGCAUGGCCUUCAAGAGUUUUUUUUUUAUUUUUUUUUGUUUACUGUAAAAAAUGUACAAUGUUGUAUCACAGCUGUGUGUGUGU